CCACUGUCGCGGUACCAAGCCGCAGGUAGUCCUGGUUCCGCGAUCGCCGACUCCAGUCUCGUCCGAAUUAAAAGCUUCAAAAAAUUAAAAUUUUCUAAAGUAUACGGAGAAACAGCAAGAAAAUGUUUGUGAGUGUAGUCCUGAUGGUCGUCCUGACCAUCUACAUGGUAGGAUCGGCACCGGUCAACGAUAACCAAGCGAUGUUGUAUCUAUCACAGUACGGAUAUAUAGCAAAAACGCGAUUCAAUUCGAGCUCAAUAAUGGACGAGCAUAAAUUUUCCAAAGCGGUGGCUGAUUUCCAAAGCUUCGCUGGUCUUAACAUCACAGGUGAACUGGACAAGGAGACCAUCACGGUGAUGUCUUUGCCGAGAUGCGGCGUGCAGGACAAAGUGGGAACCGGGAGCGACAGCAGAUCCAAGAGAUACGCACUUCAAGGGAGCAGGUGGAAGGCGAAAAAUCUGACGUACAGGAUUUCCAAGUACCCGAAGAACUUGAAGCAGUCGGAGGUCGAUAAGGAGCUCCAGAAGGCGUUCGACGUUUGGACUGGGUACACGGAUUUGAACUUCAAACCUGCGACUGGAAAGGUUCACAUUGAUAUUAGAUUCGAGUCGGGUGAGCACGGAGAUGGAGAUCCUUUCGACGGACCUGGAGGAACUUUGGCUCAUGCUUACUUCCCUAUUUACGGUGGUGAUGCUCAUUUUGACGCGUCUGAAACGUGGACGAUCGGAAGCUACAGAGGGACGAACCUGUUCCAGGUGGCGGCUCACGAAUUCGGUCAUUCACUCGGUCUGAGUCAUUCCGAUGUGCGAUCGGCUCUGAUGGCUCCAUUCUACAGAGGUUACGAACCGUUCUUCGAGUUGGAUCAGGAUGAUGUUGAUGGUAUCCAAGCGUUGUACGGCAAGAAGACGAGUCGCCGAGUUGAUCCUCCGCAGAAACAACCAAAGCCGUUUGAACCGACCGAACCAUCGGUCACUUCAGAUGAUAAUCUCUGCAAGGAUUCGUCCUUCGACACAAUCUUUAAAUCUGCUGGUGGAGAAGUCUACGUCUUCAAGGGCGAUAAAUACUGGCAGUUAAGCGAUGAUAGGGUCAUGAGCGGAUACCCGAAAUUGAUCACGAAAGGAUGGCCCGGUCUUCCAGGCGACAUCGAUGCAGCAUUUACAUACAAAAACGGAAAGAGCUACUUCUUCAAAGGAAAGCAAUACUGGAGGUACGCAGGUCGUAAAGUGGAUGGAGAUUAUCCUAAAGAUAUUUCUACUGGUUUCACCGGAAUCCCCGAUAAUUUGGAUGCUGCCACGGUUUGGAGCGGCAACGGAAAGAUCUACUUCUACAAAGGAACUAAAUUCUGGCGUUUCGAUCCGAUGCAAAGGCCUCCGGUGAAGAGCGGAUACCCGAAACCGAUCUCAAAUUGGGAAGGAUUACCUGACAAUCUGGAUGCCGCCUUCAAGGAUAACAACGGUUACACGUACUUCUUCAAAGAUGGAGCUUAUUAUAGGUUCAACGAUCGCACGUUCUCCGUGGACUCCGUGAAUCCGGCCUUCCCAAGGUCGGCUGCCUAUUGGUGGUUCGGUUGCAAGGAAGCCCCUCGGGGUACCAUAGGUAAAACAGGGCUUCUUGUGACAACUGAGGAGAGCGAUAUCAGCGACUACAACUUUAGCGAUUCGGACCCAAAUUUCGACUCAGAUUUUUAUCAUAGAGAAAACGAGACGUCAGCUGGUCGCCAUUCAAACACAUUUUCGGAAAAUGGAUCUCAGUUUCUCAAUCCCUCGUCACUAGUUUUAUUAAUGACGGUUUUGGCUCUCCUCUUGGCCUUCUAGGAGCUUCUUCCUUGGCACCAGAAUGUAGACUUUAUUAUGUGCUCCAGAAGUAUAAAAUAUUUAUUAGAAAAUUCUACGGGGGACGCGCAUGGACUGAUGUUUUCAGAGCUGCUACGACCUGCAAGGAUAAAGCAAAAUGCUGGAUGAUCUUUCUCAAUUUUGUAUGCAAAGCAAUAACCCCUUAACCACCUUUUUUUCGUUUUAAUUUACUAUUACUAUUAUCAUUUUACUUAAUCCCCUUUUAUUAUUAUUACUACUAUUACAAUAAUUAUCUUUAUAUCUUCCCGUAAAUGUGUAAAUAGUUUGUAAACGCGAAGAAGAAGAAGAAGAGAAAAAAAACAAACAAAAAAAAAAUAUUAUUAAUUCCUUUUAUAAGGGAAUCUCGUCGCUGUGAUGAUCUAUUGUAUUUUAAUUUCCAUUUAGACGUCCUCAAAGUCAUAGUUUUUCUUUUGGGACCAAUGCACGUUUAGACAAUAUACUAUAUAAGUAUUUAGUUAUUAUUGUGUAAUUAAUGUAAGCGUAAUUUCGUUUUCUUUACUGUAGCUUUAUUAGUUGUAUAUUCUGAUUGUGUGAAUCAAUAACAAAUGGCAGAAUUUUAGAAUUCCAGGAUAUAAUUUAGAUGACAUUUUGACUAUUCCGCAAACGUAUUCGAAUUUUAAAAAUAAUGAUUCUAUCCAUCUGCUACAGUCUU